CAGUUCUGUUUCAACUCGCGAAUGUAGCUGGCGUUGUCUUAGCUAAGAAGAUCGCAGCUACAGAAAGAAAGACUGGAAAAGCUCACAUCCGACGAGUAUGGGAAAUAAAAACGCAGGUCUUUCUGGCUAAAAGGAGUGCGGCGGACGCAAACACAAUAAUCGCUCGUGUUUAGUGCAGUACAUGAAACUCUAAAUUGCUACCAUUUAGUAUUUAUAGCCUUUGGCGUUUUACCAGAUUAUCGUCUCAGUCUGUGACUUCUAUUCGCUGCGUAUAACCAGUGCUCAACGAACGUUUCAUCCUAGACGAUCUUGUGGAAUACAAUUUCCCUUGGACGUAUAUGAGUAAGAAACGAAUGUGAUGGGUGGGCAGUGGAGUUCAUUAGACAAUGAGGGAGAGAGGGGGAGGGAGAGAGAGACAACUCCUGAUCCAUUUUGGCCGACAACCCAAGCAUCGACUUCAAAUGAAGAGAAGUCGACAGAGGCUGGAAAGGCAGAAGAUGGACCGGUGAGGCUGAAGGAGAACAAGAAGAAACUGGAAGAAUUCAAACAGGAAUUGGCGGGAAAACGAGAGGCCAGACACAAGGCUAUGGUCGGCCUGAGCAAUAAACUGAAGCAGCUGCAGCUGCAAGUCGACACUGAAGCUGAGGCUAGGUGCGCAGCUGAGGAGCAAGUCAAAAGGUUGAAAGCUGCGUUGAAAGAAAAAGGAGAGCAAUGCUUCGAGGAAAUGAAGAAAAAGAUGGAAGAACUAGAAAAAGAGAAAGAAGAGAAGGAGAGCCAGUUGCAUUCACUGAAAAGAAUGGCUUCAAUUGGAAAGGAAAUGCUACGCAUCAGAGAGCUUCAGGUGAAUGAGUUGAAAAAGAAACUCUGCGAGACAGCUGCAUACCCCAACAGUCUGCGUGAAGAAUAUGAGGCACAGAUACAAAAUGUGAGGAGACUGAAAACACUGUAUGAAGAGAGGGCGGAAGCGGCAAGACUAGAGCACCAGAAGGAGCUUGAGAGAGAAGUAGCCAGAACACAAGUUCUUGAGAAAAAGAUUAAAGAGCUGGAAAAAGAAAAGAGAAACUCAGAAACUGCAAAAGAUCAACUGAAAUGUCACAUAUCCAAGUUGGAUGAGGCACUAGGGGAGGAAAACGAUCAAUCGAUGACUCUGAGAGAGCAACUGGAUGCGAGUUUGUUGGAGUGCAGAGAUCUCUCAUCACAAAUGGCGCUUGUCAACAAUCUAUUCUCCAAAGUUCUCCUCGGGCAUAUCGACGUGGAUAGACUCACCAGGUUGCUGCGGGAGAAUCAAAGUUUAAUGACAGAUUUGACUUGCGAUGGUGAACCUAGAAACGACUUGGCUGCUCUCCUGUUGAAAAUUGUGGAGCAAAUUGAUUCAUCGUUCUCUGAAACAAGUGAGGCAACUAAUCAGGAUAAUGGCGGCAGUGAUGUUAUGACUGAAGAAAAGGUGGCUGUCAACUUGUCCAAAGUUUGGCAGAUACUUGUUCAGCUCCUGGCAAACAAUGAAGCGUUGCCUUCAGAUUGUGAUUCUGAGAGCUGUUACAAGAGUGUGGAGACACCCUCGGGCACAAAGUCUGUGAUAAGUGUGAGCCAAACAUUUAUUACUUUGAAGACUUUGAUACUGGAGAAGAAUGCACUGAUAAAUGAAGUUGGAAAACUGAAAUCAUUGAACGAUCACUUAGAGACAAGGCUUGGCAGCCAGGAAAAACGUUUAGAAAUUGUGUCUUCAGAGUUGAAAAAGACGUGGGGAGUUGUAAGUAAGUUGAGAGCCCAACACAAGCAGCUUCACACCCAGGAGAAGAUUCUCCGCUACGAAUUGCACCAGAAGAGACAACUACUGACCGAACUCAAAGAGGAACUGGAGAGAUGUCGUGAUAAGUGGACAAUGGCUCGCAAGAAGAACACCCAAUCAGAAGAGGACUGGAGGAAACUGCGUCGAGAAUUCGCUGAAAGAAAAAACCGGCAAGUGAGCACCUCAGCCGAAAGCGGUUACGAAGAUGAGGAGCUUCGUUCGCCACCAACUGAAGACAGUCAGGACGAGAGUGGUCCUGUGGAAUCCAAUGAUGAUGAGGUCACAGAAAGUGAGCAAGUUGAUUUCGAUGACAAUGAUUUGACUGGUGUUGAAGAUGAGAUGCGCAGCUCCAGUAGAACAUCAUUCUACAUGAGUGGGGAAAACCACUCUUCAAGCAGCAUCCAAAGCACAGACACAGUUAUAAGGGUUGACUUGAAUCAGUUGAGGCUUUCAAAUGGUUCAUCUACUACCACCGAUGCAGGAAGCAAUAAUCUAAAAGAGGUAAAUAGUAGUGAAGAGUGUGACAGACUGAAAGAUGAUACUACUACUUUGAGUGAGAGUCCACCUGAUCUGGAUGUCCCUCAUGAGAAUAACUUGGAGGCAAUAACAGAGAAAAGUGAGGAGAUAAUUUCUGAUUUCAAUACUGGCCAGGAGUGUGAUAGGCCUACUGCACCUACAACACCUUGUACGUCAUCUGCAUCAGCUGAAAACAUUUCUAGGUUCCUUAAUGGUUUGUUUGCGCCAGAAGAUGUUGAAAAAUUGGACGGAUAUGAUUUGAAAGUUGAUAGAUACCAAAUCAGUUCAAUUGAAGAAACAAUUGAAAGGAAGGAGGUUACAAGAGAUUCGAUUAUUGAUUCCCUUUGUAAUAGCAGCUCCACAACAGACAGACCUUCAACAAUCACUGAGAUCCACAAACCUGAAAGUGGAGAGGAGAUGGAUGAAUGUGGGGUCAUAAGUAGUAUUGCAAGUACCAAGGAUAAUCAUGGAAAUCUGGAAAAUUCUCAUCCAGUCCCAGAAAAGCCAAAAGUAGAACCUUCUCCUUCGACCUCAUCUCAACCAUCCACUUCCAUAGCUGGCGAGGACCAUAAGAGAACACCAGAAGAAAUUCUAGAUGCUCGAACUGCCCGCUUGAAGAGACUGGAAGAACAGUGCAAACAGCUUUUCAGCAAGGUGACCGCUACCACACACAAAAGUAAUGCUCUGUCGACAAAACUCGAUCAAAUUCACGAACAAUAUGGCGGAAGUAGUAAUCAAAAACCAGAAGAGGUAUCAACAGUCUCUACUCCACAUGAAGACUCAACAGAAGUCACGUCACCACAAUCAAACGUCCAAGAAAACUCUAACAACUAAAACCAAGAUGAAUAACUUCUUCUCUUCACAAGACAUGAUUUUCACAGAUUCCAAGUUCCUGUUUGAAUCUACGGGAUUAUCGAACAAAGACAAUAACGAUGGUACAUAAGGGUUACCUAUUUUGUAUUAUAUUACUGUAAUAUAUUUAUAAAUAUUUUUACAUGUUCAAUUAAAGUGCAAUAACAGGUAAA